AGUAUAUCGAUUAAAUUAUCUGAUGAUAAUAAAUCAAAUAAAUCUGAAAAAUACAAGUUUAAAUUUUUUCCAAGUGACACCAAGGAUGAUAUUCAUCAUGAAAUUUCGAAGGCAUUCUCCGUAGAAAGUUUUUCUUUAGUCGAUGAUAAAGAAGGUCAUAUAAUUACUGGAAAUUGGGAUUCAUUAGAAGAUAAGGCUGAAUAUAAUAUUAUCAAUCGCGAUAAUAAUUCAAACGCGAAAAGAAAUAGGUUAUCUUUAGAUAAUGAUAAUCGUCGAAUUGGAUCAGAUCAUUAA